GAGGUUGGACGGUUCCCCUUCAGCUGAAGCUCCUCCUGAACCCGAUCAUCCUCUCAGACUGAUCAUUCCUGCUCCAACAGUGGUACCUCGGCUCUUCUAACGUGUUUUUGCAGGUUUUGAGACUUUUUCAGUGACUCGUCUUCACUCCUGUUGUCUUCAUUUCUCCUCCUCAGACCCGCUCCCCUGUUGUGUCCUCCAGCCCACACACUACCUCACCCCCUCACCCUGGACCUCCUCCACUCCUCUGACCUUUGACCUUUCACCAUCCCACACCAAACCCUUCCUCCGCCUGCACGCCUUGUUACAUACUUUAUAUUUCCAGGUAAUUUCUCUUGGAGCUGAAAAUACUGAUUGUUUCUUAAAGACUAAAAAAAGGUCAUUAAACUCGGACAGUCUGAGGUUCAAUGACCACAUAAACUGAACAAUGUCGGGCUGACGGGGUUUACAGUCUUAAGAUCAGACUCAUCCACGUUUCGACCUUUGAAAGAGCUGAAGGAGUUUCUGUUUGUUUAGGAGGGGCAGGGUCAGCAGGGAAGAGGAGAGGAGCGAGAAAUGAUUAUCGCCAGACCUGAUUACCGUAAAUUACACGACAGCUGAGGGGGAUGACUGUUUAUUGUCAAAAUGGAAACUUUUUCUUCUGUAAAAAACCUGUCCUUAUCGUCUGGUCAUGUUGAUCUUCAAUAUAUAUCGAGCAUUAUUCUCACUUCAAGGUUUCGUGUCAUCUAAGAAGAGGACAGUGAACGAAAAAGGGGGCAGUCUGUACUCGUAAACAAAAAUACUGCACCACUAACCUCACCCUCAUGUAAUAUAUCCUGUAAAUCAUUGACAGUUGAGAUCAUGAUAGGAAACUGUAUCCCGGUUAUCUGCGGCUAUAUAUGAGGAAGUGUUACCCUGCGUCUGAGAAAACACUCUCUUAAGUCUCCGAGUCGAGGUCACACCACCAGGAUCUGAAGAAAAACAACAAUCAGGUACGUCUGAUUUUAAAACGGAUGGAUGAAAGUUACAUGAAAACAUCAGAAAUACUGUUGAAGUCAUUAUUCUUGUUUAAAAAGAGACAUUAAUCAGAAAGAAAUCAUUUCAAACAGCAGAUAUAAGUCCUAAUUUAAGUCAUUUUGUUUUUAUAUUUUGGUAUCAGGUUGUAAUUUGUGAACAUUUUAAACUCUUUGGCAGAAAAGUGUAAUCAUAAAACAAAUCCAGUUUCUGCUCUUUAUCUGAGGAGGUAUCUCGUUCUUUCUCACCUGUAGGUCUCAGGAGGAACAGGUACAGGUGCUUGUUUGUUAGGUAGCCGGGAAACAGGAGAGCAUCAGAGAGAAAAGGAGGUGUUUGAGGAGCGUCCAUGAAGAUGAGGCGUGACACCAUGAUCCUUUCUACCUGGCUCUGAUUUCCUCAGGAUGUCCGAUGUAGGUGUGAUCAGAACUUCCUUGGUUACCUGAGGUUUAGUCGUCGCUCCUUUGAUAUGAUGUACUUGGCUCAUACGGCCCACGCUCAGUUCUGCGCCCUCUGGAUGAGCUCUGUGGGAUGGACGCUGACAGCUGUGGCCAUGGGACUCAUCCAGUGGAGGAUUUGGCGUGUGUCCGACAUGGAGAUCAUCACCUCUGGGGAGGCCUGGGUUGGUAUCUGGAGGGUCUGCUUCAACAGCCACACAGAUGUGACCCCUAGUUUUCAGAUCAUGCACUGCAGGGACAUCAGCCUGACUGAGACCUUCACGCCUCCAGAGAUCGGAGCAGGUCAGGUCCUCCUGCUCCUGUCUCUUCUGACGGGGCUUUGUGGAAAUGCUGGUGGUGUCUACGCGAUGAGGAACGUCUACUUUGGAAUAAAGGACUCACCAGUCCGUCUGGUGUUCUUCAUCACUGGCGUUCUGUGUCUUCUGGCCGCGGCGAUGUCUCUGAUACCUCUUGUAUGGAACAUCAACUCUGUGGUGACCAAUCAGACGAUAAAAUUCCCCCCUGAGUUUCAAAUGCCUUCAGCUCCUACUUCUCAGACGGUGGGGUGUGGCAUUGGAGUCGGGAUGGUGGGGUCAGUGUUAAUGAUUUUCUCAGGGAUCGUUUUCUGCACAUACAGGUUACCUGUGAGGUCACAGCUGAGAACCCAGCCGGCUCUGAGCCAAGCCGUACACCUGGACUGUACAGUACCUGCCAGACCCGCUUUAACAAUCAUGAGGGGGACUGAUAACCCGGCGUUUGAGUCUCAUGAACACUUGUGAUGAGUUCACUCCUCACUCAUGUUCUUGGAAAGAGAAAAGAAAACUAAUCUGACGUCCUCUGAAAAAUGACAUCUCACUGAGAAAGUUCUUUUGUUUGUUUAUAGUUGACUCAAAGGGGGUAGGCAGGAAUCCGCGUUUAAAAAAUCAUCUUUUUUGUGGUGUUUAUACAAAAAACUUUUUAAUAUCAGUCAAUAGUACGGUGGCCAAGAACCACCACCGCUGCAAAUAAAAAAGAAUGCAGAAAAAGAAGCCAGAACAGAAGUUACCAAUGCAAAAAAAAGUAACUUUUUUUUUCCUCGUUAACUUCCGUCGUAUUUUUAUUAUUUUUUUAUCGGCACCGUUUCUUUUUUUGCAUCGGUAACUUCCAUUGUGACUUUUUUUUUUUGCAUUCUUUUUUUUAAAUUUGAAGCAGUGGCGGUUCUCGGCCACCGUACUGAACUGUCCUCCCUCGGGUCCUGGACUAUGUCACUUUAUCCUCGUUGUAGAAGUCCUGCAAACAUUGUGUUUGCUGGUAGUCUGUUGGCAUCUACAGUAGCACCAAUGCUUUUUACAUUUGUAAUUAUUUGAAGUAUUUAUCUGCAUUAUAUCUGAAUUUAAUUGGAACGAUAUGAGCGAGCAGGAGCGUCUGUUUGUGG